GGAGCCCGCGCACACCCGCGCACCCGCGGCCGCAGGAGGGCCCAGCGACGCCGCCGCGCCAGCUCCCAGGGCCCGGCCCGCCCCGGCGCUCACGCUCUCGGGGCGGACUCCCGGCCCUCCGCGCCCUCUCGCGCGGCGAUGGCCCCGCUCGGAUACUUCUUACUCCUCUGCAGCCUGAAGCAGGCUCUGGGCAGCUACCCGAUCUGGUGGUCGCUGGCUGUUGGGCCACAGUAUUCCUCCCUGGGCUCGCAGCCCAUCCUGUGUGCCAGCAUCCCGGGCCUGGUCCCCAAGCAGCUCCGCUUCUGCAGGAACUACGUGGAGAUCAUGCCCAGCGUGGCCGAGGGCAUCAAGAUUGGCAUCCAGGAGUGCCAGCACCAGUUCCGCGGCCGCCGGUGGAACUGCACCACCGUCCAUGACAGCCUGGCCAUCUUCGGGCCUGUGCUGGACAAAGCUACCAGGGAGUCAGCCUUUGUCCACGCCAUUGCCUCAGCCGGUGUGGCCUUUGCGGUGACACACUCAUGUGCAGAAGGCACGGCCGCCAUCUGUGGCUGCAGCAGCCGCCACCAGGGCUCACCAGGCAAGGGCUGGAAGUGGGGUGGCUGUAGCGAGGACAUCGAGUUUGGUGGGAUGGUGUCUCGGGAGUUCGCCGACGCCCGGGAGAACCGGCCAGAUGCCCGCUCAGCCAUGAACCGCCACAACAACGAGGCUGGGCGCCAGGCCAUCGCCAGCCACAUGCACCUCAAGUGCAAGUGCCACGGGCUGUCGGGCAGCUGCGAGGUGAAGACAUGCUGGUGGUCGCAACCCGACUUCCGCGCCAUCGGUGACUUCCUCAAGGACAAGUACGACAGCGCCUCGGAGAUGGUGGUGGAGAAGCACCGGGAGUCCCGCGGCUGGGUGGAGACCCUGCGGCCGCGCUACACCUACUUCAAGGUGCCCACGGAGCGCGACCUGGUCUACUACGAAGCCUCGCCCAACUUCUGCGAGCCCAACCCCGAGACGGGCUCCUUCGGCACGCGCGACCGCACCUGCAACGUCAGCUCGCACGGCAUCGACGGCUGCGACCUGCUGUGCUGCGGCCGCGGCCACAACGCGCGAGCCGAGCGGCGCCGGGAGAAGUGCCGCUGCGUGUUCCACUGGUGCUGCUACGUCAGCUGCCAGGAGUGCACGCGCGUCUACGACGUGCACACCUGCAAGUAGGCACCGGCCGCGGCUCCCCCCGGACGGGGCGGGCCCUGCCUGGGGGUGGGCUUUUCCCUGGGUGGAGCAGGACUCCCACCUAAACGGGGCAGUACUCCUCCCUGGGGGCGGGACUCUUCCCUGGGGGUGGGGCUCCUACCUGGGGGCAGAACUCCUACCUGAAGGCGUGGCUCCUCCCUGGAGCCAGUGUCUCCCCUCUGGCGGCUGGGCUCCUCCUGAAUGAGGCGGAGCUCCAGGAUGGGGAGGGGCUCUGCGUAGGCUUCUCCCUGGGGACGGAGCCCCCCUGGACAGAGGCGGGGCUACAGGGUGGGCGGGGCUUCUCCUGGGUGGGACAGGGCUUCUCCUGCGGGGGCGAGGCCCCUCCCAGUGAGGGCGUGGCUCUGGGUGGGUGGGGCACUAGGUAGGCUUCUACCUGCAGGUGGGGCUCCUCCUGAAGGAGGCGGGGCUCUAGGAUGGGGCAGGGCUCUGGGGUAGGCUCCUCCCUGAGGGCGGAGCUCCUCCUUAGGAGUGGGGUUUCAUGGUGGAUGGGGCUUCUUCCUGGAUGGGGCAGAGCUUCUCCUGACCAGGGCGAGGCCCCUUCCACGGUGGCGGUGGCUCUGAGUGGGCGUGGCCUGCAUAGGCUCCUUCCUGUGGGUGGGGCUUCUCUGGGACCAGGCUCCAAUGGGGCGGGGCUUCUCUCCGCGGGUGGGACUCUUCCCUGGGAACCGCCCUCCUGAUUAAGGCGUGGCUUCUGCAGGAAUCCCGGCUCCAGAGCAGGGAAUUCAGCCCACCAGCCCCCUCAUCCCCAACCCCCUGUAAGGUUCCAUCCACCCCUGUGUCGAGCUGGGAAGGUUCCAUGAAGCGAGUCGGGUCCCCAACCCGUGCCCCUGGGAUCCGAGGGCCCCUCUCCAAGCGCCUGGCUUUGGAAUGCUCCAGGCGCGCCGACGCCUGUGCCACCCCUUCCUCAGCCUGGGGUUUGGCCACCCACCUGACCAGGGGCCCUACUGGGGAAAGCCUGAAGCGCCUCCCAGCCCCCAACCCCAACACCAAGCUUAGUUCUGGGAGAGGACAGGGACUUCGCGGAGGCAAGUGACCAGGCCCUCCCAAAGAGGCCCGCCUUGCCCGGGCUCCCACACCGUCAGGUCCUCCUCCCAGGGAACUGGCUUGCUGCGCCCCAGGCCCCGCCCGUCUCUGCGCUGCUCAGCUGCGCCCGCUUCUUUGCAGCUGCCCAGCCCCUCCUCCCUGCCCUCGGGUCUCCCCACCUGCACUCCAUCCAGCUACAGGAGAGAUAGAAGCCUCUCGUCCUAUCCCUCCCUUUCCUCCGACUGUCCACAGCCCCUUAUAAGGGAAAGGUAGGAAGAGGGGUCCAGCCCCCCAGGCUGCCCAGAGCUGCUGGUCUCAUUUGGGGGCUGUUCGGGAAGUUUGGGGGGCAUCAACCCCCCGACUGUGCUGCUCGCGAAGGUCCCACAGCCCUGAGAUGGGCCGGCCCGCUUCCUGGCCCCUCAUGGCGGGACUGGAGAAAACGUCCGCUUUCCUGGAGUCAAUGGCCCGGCCCCUCCUGACUCAUCCGCCUGGCCCGGGAAUGAAUGGGGAAGCCGCUGAACCCACCCGGCCCAUAUCCCUGGUUGCCCCAUGGCCAGCGCCCCUCAGCCUCUGCCACUGUGAACCGGCUCCCACCCUCAAGGUGCGGGGAGGAGACGAGGCCAGGCAGGGCGCCCCAAGAGCCCAAAAGAGGGCACACCGCCAUCCUCUGCCUCAAAUUCUGCGUUUUUGGUUUUAAUGUUAUAUCUGAUGCUGCUAUAUCCACUGUCCACUGGAGUUAGACGAA